AUGUUCAAGUCUGGGAUGCGCGAAUCUACCUCAAACCGAGUUGAAAUGCCGGAAAUUAACUACGAAACAGCUCUUUUGCUCGUUGAAUUUGCCUAUUGCGGCAAAUAUGAAAUCAACACCGACAAUGCCCAGAAUUUGCUGGAAGCCGCUGACUGCUACCAGUUUCAGAUGCUCAAAGAAAACUGCGAAUCGUUUCUUCUUAAUACAAUUGAACUGUCUAACUGCUUCGUCCUCAUGAAAAUUGCCGAAGUUAGGUGUCUACCUCGUCUAUCUGCUGCUGCUUUAUCAUUUGCUCUCAAAAACUUUGAAUCAAUCGCCAAGAGCAAGUCUUUUAAAGAGCUCUCAUUCACAGCGCUUGAAAGCUAUCUGUCCGAUGAUGAACUGGUCUGCGGUCAAGAAGAGGCUGUAUACAACGCGAUUCUGACUUGGCUCCAAUCUGAUAAAAAUGAUCGCUCCAAAUACGCAUCAAAAUUACUGAAAUGCGUUCGACUCGGUCGCAUCAACCCGCGUUUCAUCUGGGAUGUCAUCGAGAAAGAAUCUCUCUUCUCUGAUGCUGACUGUCUACAAUACAUUCACUUUGCUAGCAAGUUCAAAAUGCUUGGCAGUUCUGAUCGUUCCAGUGAAUUUGACGCAAUCGGAAGGCCCCGAACAUGCUCAGGCAUUACGCAAGCGAUAGUCUUCGUAGGAGGCAUUUCCGGUAACCAGAAACUGAACGAAGUUUUUGCGCUCAUAAAGCCGCAUGUUGUCCUUCAUGAUUUCACAGCAAAGCCGAAGUAUGUUACACUGCCCAAUAUUUCAACGGACCAUCUUCGACUUCACAGUUACUCGGUCUGUGAGAGCGACAAUAAUAUUUACAUCACUGGUGGACAUUGUAGCAUUGGAAAUCAAGGAUCCACGAGUGAUCUCGUUUCCACUUAUCAAGCUGGAGCCCAUGACUGGAGCACACUACCAAAGAUGCUUUCUGCUCGAGAAAGACAUGGAAGUGCUUUUGUCGAUGGCAUGCUUUAUGUAGUUGGCGGUCUCAUGGCUGGCAAGCAGAAAAAGCGUCCUUCUGUCCUUUCAAAAGUUGAAAAAUAUGAUCCGAAAUAUAUGCAGUGGUCAAAAGUAGCCGACCUUCCGAAAAAGUGCUACUCUCCUGGUGUCAUCAGCUACAAAGGAAAAUUACACGUAAUCGGCGGCGUAUCGAUGGUUGAAACCGCGGGUCCAAGACUCAAUCAAACGGCGGCUUCGACUUCGGCUUCGAACAUAUCCAUGCAAGAUCCGACUUCGACUGGAAGCGUGACUAAUUCAGUUGUCGGUGUGAAUGCGGCUCAAGGAUCGGCUCCUGGGACGUCUGGUACAGCAACUGGUGCUCAGACUCAACCAUCGACUCCAAAGACUACGUCAACGAAAGCCGAACUUGAGUUCGUUCAAAUAUACUGCCCGAGAAAAGACGAAUGGAUAACUCGUAAUAUUGGACGUAAGCUGGCUAGACUUGCAUGCGCUUUGUACAAGGACUAUGUUUACAUCGUCUCCAACAAUAGCAAGUCGAUCUUCCGAUACUGCCCGAACGAAUACGUACUCGAGGAAUGGCUCGUAAUUGACAGAGAAUUCCGCAAACUAGAAUUCGCUGGUUUCGUUGCAUAUGGGGGCAAAUUGAUUAUAACUGGUGGCCAACGCGGUGAUGACACUCUCAACCACGUCACAGUAAUCGAGAUCGAAACAAAGAAGAUCGUCGGCACAACAUUCGAAUUACCGAAAGCAAUGUGUAUGCAUGGAUGUGUUCUCAUCGAGCAACACUUGAAGACGCUUGAGAGCGCUUAUAAAGAGAAAAAUCAUCGAGUUUCUUUGGUCGACCUUCCGCCAGGCUGGGAACUCAACUCGUCUGGACAUCCACGUUAUGUUGGAGGGCGAGGGCAUGUGAUUUUUAGGCGAAGGGAGGGCGAGAUGGCCAAUCCCGUCCUGAAUCCAUAG